AAAAGAUUGUAAAACCAAAUCUAUAACCUUAUCAGAUACAAUCUUCACUUAUUCUCCUCAAUUCAACAUCAAAAAAGCCAAGACAGGGACUCAUGUUCCUGUCCUCUCUUUGCCCCUUGUUGCCCCUUGUGCUUCAGUGGACGCAGCAUCCCUCUCUAUCUCUAUCUCUAUCUCUCCCAGGUGUAGCCAAAAUUCACUUACUGCAAAGGAAAGGAAAGGAAAGGGGGGAAGAAAAGGUGCGAGGGAUAAAUCCCAGAGGAGAAGAGAAUCUAUAAUAAAUAUGCUGAAAUGCUGAAGCUCGACCAGCCACGCGUUCUCUCCUUUUCUUUUGUUCCAUUGCUCAACCAACCUGACCCACAAUCACUCAAGACCAGCUCCGCCUCCUCCCCUCUCUCUGCCCACUCUCUUCUUCCUCAUUAAAUUAUUCAUAAAGGGAGCUGUUGAAGUAAACACCCUUUCCUAUUUUUUAUUACCACCUUAAAAAACAAGACAAAAUCCCAAGCACUUGUCUUCCUUAAAUACAUACUGUGCGCGCGCGCGCGCGUGAAUUCCUACUUGCUCGCCGGCUAUGCCGACGCCGGUAAGCGUAGCGAGGCAAUGCUUGACAGAUGAGGCAGCCCGUGCUUUGGACGAAGCUGUUGCGGUGGCGCGUCGAAGAAACCACUGCCAAACAACCUCUCUCCACGCCGUCUCCGCUCUACUAGCUCUCCCGGCCUCAACUCUCCGGGACGCCUGCUCACGUGCCACCACAAGCGCGUUCUCUUCACGCCGCCAGUUUCGCGCUCUGGACCUCUCUGUUGGCGUCUCUCUAGACCGGUUACCAUCUUCGAGGACUCUUGAUGAGGAUCCACCGAUAUCGAAUUCCCUGAUGGCAGCGAUCAAACGGUCGCAGGCGAAUCAACGGAGACACCCUGAUAAUUUCCAUUUGCACCAAAUACACUGUAACCAGCAAGCGGCGUCGGUUUUGAAAGUUGAGAUGAAACAUUUCAUUUUAUCGAUUUUGGAUGAUCCGAUUGUGAGUCGGGUAUUUGGGGAAGCCGGGUUUAGGAGUUAUGAUAUAAAGAUAGCAAUAGUUCACCCGCCGGUUAGUCAAAGUUCGAAAUACUCGCCGGUCGGGUGCGCCCCAAUAUUUCUAUGUAACUUGCCGGGCUCGAAUAUUACUGGUCCGGGGCGACCACCCGGAUUUAGUUUUCCUUUUAGCAGUGGGCUCGAUGAUGAUGAUGAUGAUGUUGGCGAUGAUGAUGUUUGCAGGAGAAUUGGUGAGGCUUUAGUGAGGAGAGAUGGGAAAGGAAGAAACUUGUUACUUGUUGGGGUUUAUGCAAGUAAGGCUUUAAAGGGUUUUGUUGAUAGUGUAAAUAAAGAAAACAAAGGAGGUGUUUUGCCUAGUGAGAUUAGUGGGGUGAGUGUUAUUAGCAUUGAAGAUGAGAUUAUUCAUUUUGUUAGUGAGCUAGGGGGCGACAAAGAGAAGAUGGGAUUGAAGUUUGAGGAGUUGGGUCAGGAAUUGGAGCAGUAUUCAGGUCCUGGAAUUGUUGUGAAUUUCGGAGAUAUGAAGGUUUUGGUUGGUGAAUAUGUGUGUGGUGAUGCUGUGAGUUAUUUGGUUUCGAAAUUGACGAGUUUAUUGGAGGGUUUUAGGGGAAAAAUUUGGUUGGUGGGAACAGCAGAUAGUUAUGACACAUAUUUAAAGUCUGUAGGGAAGUUUUCGAGUGUGGAAAAGGAUUGGGAUCUUAGGGUUCUGCCUAUUGCUUCUUAUAAGAGUCCUGUUGGUGAUUUUAGUUCGAAAUCGAGCUUGUUGGGUUCUUUUGUUCCAUUUGGUGGGUUCUUUUCUACACCAUCUGAUUUCAAAAAACCAACGAACAGCAUAAAUCAGUCGAUUAUAUGCUGUCACCUUUGCAAUGCAAAGUAUGAGAAAGAUGUUGCUGCUAUUCUGAAGACGGGGUCAACAACGUCAGUUGCUGAUCAGAGCUCAGAGAAGUUACCUUCUUUGCUACAGAUGGCUGAACUUGACACGGGAAAGGCAGUGGAUGCAGUCAAGACCAGAGAUGAUGAUACAGCAUUGAAUGCUAAAAUUUUGGGGCUGCGAAAUAAAUGGAAUGAUAUCUGUCAACGUCUCCAUCAUGCACAGCCAUUCUUCAAAUUUGAUGUUUCCCAGGCCACAUCCCAGGUCUCCAUUGCUGAGGGCUUUCAAUGUGUAGCAGAUGGGAAGAAGAGCAGAAGCAAUAGCAGCAGCAGAGAUUCCUCACUAAAUGAGAGUCAAUGUGUGAAUCUAAAUCUUGGUGUUUGUUUGAACAAGCAAAAGAUCUUUCCAGCAAAACAUUGUGUAGAUUCUGAAACCGAGGAUGUUAAUCAUGGAUCUAAGCAACUGGAAGAAGUUCCAAUACUUAAGCAAAAAGAGAAAGAGAGCCCUUGGUUUACCCCUUGCCCCCUUUCUAAUGUGAGUCUGCCCACUGACCGGACAUCAUCUUCAUCUGUCACUUCUGUAACCACACAUUUGGGGUUGGGAACACUUUAUGCUACUAGCGCUCAGGAGCGUAAUAUUACAAAAUUACGUGACCCUACGGAGCAUCUUCAGCACUUCUCAGGUUCUGCUUCUGUGGAGUUUGAUGACAAUACUUCACUUCAGAUUGCAAAAUCUUCUUCCUUCUCUAGCCCUUUUUCAGGAGGGAAAUUCAAUUUAAGAGAUUUCAAAUCAGUGAUGAGAGCUAUUUCUGAAAAAGUUGGCUGGCAGGAUAGAGCCACGUAUGCUAUUGGCGAAGCUGUAUCCCGCUGCAAAGCAGGACAUGGAAGACACCAUGGUUCAAAUUCCAAAGGAGAUAUUUCAUUUAUUCUCCUUGGACCUGACAGAAUUGGAAAGAAAAAAAUUGCUUCAGCACUUGCUGAGGUAAUGUUCGGCAGUACCCAAAGCUUCAUCUCUCUGGAUCUGGGAUCCCAUGAUAAGGUAAGCUCAUCAAACUCCAUAUUUGACAGCCAAGAAUUACAAUACGAUGAUGAAUUAGGGAGGUCGAUGACUUUUGUUGAUCGUAUCGCUUCAAAGUUGAGCAAGAAACCCCAUUCGUUAAUCUUUCUUGAAAACAUAGACAAGGCUGAUCCUUUGGUCCAGCAUAGCUUGUCCUACGCUUUGAGGACUGGUAAAUUCCCAGAUUCACAUGGAAGAGAAGUUAGCACCAACAAUACCAUUUUUGUGGCAACAUCAACAAUUAUAGUGGGUAAUACGAACUUCCAGUCAGAAAACAAAUCCAUUAGGUUUUCCGAGGAAAUGAUACUUGGAGCUAAAAGCUGGCAAAUGCAAAUAUUAGUGGAACAUGCUGCGGAAGCUACCAGUAAAAGGAGUGAAAUGAAGGUGAGGAUUUCAAGAGAAAUAACCUCUGCGGUCUCAUAUGGGAAUAAAAGAAAAUUAGAUGCAACCAGUGACUUAAUGGAGCAGGAAAGUAGCUGUGAGUCUAGCAAACAGGCCCAUAAGGCAUUGCGAUCCUAUCUGGAUUUGAAUCUUCCUGUAGAGGACACAGGAGAGUGUGCCAAUUACGGUGACACUGACAGUGACUCCAUUUCUGAAAGCUCGCAAGCUUGGUUGGAAGAUUUUUCUGAUCAAGUGGAUGAAAAGGUGGUAUUCAAGACAUUUGAUUUUGAUUCUCUCGCUGAAAAGAUAGUGAAGGAAAUCAGCAAACAAUUUCAGAUGGCAUUCGGAUAUGAGAUAUUGUUGGAGAUUGAUGAUGAAGUCAUGGUACAAAUACUUGCAGCUGCUUGGUUGUCUGAGAAGGAGAGAGCAAUGGAGGACUGGAUUGAAGAGGUGGUUGGGAGAGGGUUCAGAAAAGCCAAGCUGAAGUCCCAAUUUAGUGCUCAGUGUGUUGUAAAGCUAGUUACUUGUAAAGGCCUUUUGCUGAAAGAGCAAGCUCCUGGAAUACGCCUGCCUUCAAGAAUUAAUCUGUGAGCUGAUUUUCGCCCAUCAAUGUUUCUUGUAAUUACAUGUAUAGUAGCGCAUAGGCUAUAGCUCUAGUUUCUGAAAAGCCUUUUUGGUCAAUCGAUCCCAUGAUUUUUUUUUUGUGCAUUGUGCGACUUUUUAGAUAAUAUAAAGAAAAAUAGCGGUUACUUUUCGUUCUAAAAA